AUGUCGCUGCCAGCUUCCUCUUUUCUUCUUCUUUGUUUCUUUGUCGACUUCUUCUCCCCUGCUCAGAGUUACCUUCUGACACACUGCGAGCCUGUUAAUGAGACCGUUUCUGUCGAGAAAGAUGGCUGCCCGAAAUGCCUCGUGUUUCAGACCACGAUCUGCAGCGGACACUGUUUCACCAAGGAACCUGUGUACAAGAGCCCGUUCUCCUCCAUCUACCAGCACGUGUGCACCUACAGAGAUGUUCGUUAUGAGACCGUACGCCUGCCGGAUUGUCACCCCGGCGUGGAUCCCCACGUCACGUAUCCUGUCGCCCUGAGCUGCGAGUGCAGCCUGUGCACCAUGGACACCUCGGACUGCACCAUCGAGAGCCUGAAACCCGACUUCUGUAUGACACAGAAAGAGUUCAUCCUGGAUUACUGAACCUCUUCCAGUGUCCACAUCCAAACAUCUAACCAACGUUUUCUCCUCG